GUUCUGCGGGAGCGGGAGAAAGGGUUCCGGUGAGUCCAUUGCGCCGGCGUGCAGACUCCAGCGGUCAAAGCGCCUUCCGGGGGCUGGGGGAGCCUCGCUCCUUCCCUCGGCCUGUCUCCUUCGAAGUACCCUGAGCGAGGUUCAGGGAGGCUGCCGUCGCCAAAGGAACAUCUUUCUACAGCUCCGACGCCUCUGGGUGCCCAGCUACUCCGGCUCUUGCCCUUUGACCCUGUUCGCGGCGGGGUGAGAGGUCGGGUGGCCAUCUUGUGGCGGGCGCGGGCGGCUGUUACUGCGGAGACCCAUCCCUUCCCCCUCCUUGCACCUCUGGCAGUCCGUCAAUCGGGAAAGAGUCCCGCGGUCUGUCAGGCGAGGCCCCGGCCUCGUGCGGUCGCUCUCCCAGCCGCACUGGGCGGCCUGGUCCGCUCCUUGCCGGGCCUAACCGCCGCCACCAUGUCCUCUUUCUCUGAGUCGGCGCUGGAGAAGAAGCUCUCAGAGCUGAGUAACUCUCAGCAGAGCGUGCAGACCCUGUCCCUGUGGCUCAUUCACCACCGCAAGCACGCGGGGCCCAUCGUCUCCGUGUGGCACCGAGAGCUCCGCAAAGCCAAAUCAAAUAGAAAGCUUACUUUUCUGUACUUAGCGAAUGAUGUCAUCCAAAACAGUAAAAGGAAAGGACCUGAAUUCACUAGAGAGUUUGAAUCUGUCCUUGUGGAUGCUUUUUCUCAUGUUGCCAGAGAGGCAGAUGAAGGCUGUAAAAAACCUUUAGAAAGAUUGCUGAACAUCUGGCAAGAAAGAAGUGUGUAUGGCGGCGAGUUCAUACAGCAGCUGAAGCUGUCUAUGGAGGACUCCAAGAGCCCUCCCCCCAAAGCAACAGAAGAGAAGAAAUCUCUGAAGCGAACUUUUCAGCAGAUACAAGAGGAGGAGGAUGACGACUACCCUGGAAGCUACUCUCCUCAAGAUCCUUCUGCAGGACCUCUCUUGACUGAGGAACUAAUCAAAGCUUUACAGGAUCUGGAAAAUGCUGCAUCAGGGGAUGCUACUGUCCGACAGAAAAUUGCCUCUCUGCCCCAGGAAGUGCAAGACGUUUCUCUCUUGGAAAAAAUAACAGACAAAGAGGCAGCUGAACGUCUUUCAAAAACAGUAGAUGAAGCAUGUCUGUUACUAGCAGAAUAUAACGGGCGCCUGGCGGCUGAACUGGAAGACCGUCGCCAGCUGGCUCGGAUGUUGGUGGAAUAUACCCAGAAUCAGAAAGAUGUUUUGUCAGAAAAGGAGAAAAAGCUAGAAGAAUACAAACAGAAGCUUGCGCGAGUAACCCAGGUCCGCAAGGAGCUCAAGUCUCAUAUUCAGAGCUUGCCAGACCUCUCACUGCUGCCCAAUGUCACGGGGGGCUUGGCUCCCCUGCCCUCUGCUGGUGACCUGUUUUCAACUGAUUAGGACAGGUGUCAUGCCCCAGAUUCACAUCUGUACCAGCAGAAAGAAGAGGGCAAGUCAUGGCUGGAAGUCACUACCUUCUAGCCCCAGGUUCUAUCCCUUCUUCCACCUGGCCCCCCAGCCUCACGAAAGAACCAGACUCUGAUUCUCCUCCAGCCUCUCAUCUUGAGCACAGUUCAGAACAGUGGCGAGUGGAAUCGGAUACAGACUUACAUUUGCAAAGAAUACAGACUUUUUCCCCCUACUUUAUGUGUUCAUGCCCCUGUUGGUUUCCACUCUUAGCUCUCUUGACACCUGAGAAGUUAUGAAAAUCAUGUGUACUUCUGGAAGCUCUCAAAAGAAUUUUGUCCCUCCUGACAGCAUUUCGUCAGGAAAGCAGCUUCUCCUUUCUGAACUGGGCUUGUUCAAGCUCGGUACGGGCUUCCGCAGAGGGUCUCACUCUGGAGUUAUUACUUUCCCAACUCUCUGCCCCCAAAGGGUGAGGCACAGCUGUCACAGUGCGGCCAGAAAGAGUUUGCCAAAUCUCUGAUCUUCCCUUACCAUUACUUCUACUAGUAAGGCAUAGUAGGUGGGGGUUUUUUUGUAAGCAGAUGGGAGAAUCUAGCAAUAAGGUUCAAAGCUAAUCUGGGACAUAAAGACACGGUUCAGAGACAAUAACAGGGAUCACAAGCGUGAAUUAAAAAUAAGUUAUUUACUUCAAGUCCCUACAUAUAACCCUUCCAAGCUGGACUUCUCAGAGUCCCCACCCACUGUCAGAGUACAUUCCUAAAAACAGGAUGCUUUGACCCCUGGUAGCUGUGAAGGCGGUUGUUAGGGACAGCCCCGGUGGGCCCCAGAAGAUGAAGGCCCACACACAGACAUGCUGCAUAUGGGCUUUGCAUGGGUGUUGCUUCAGCCCUUUUUCUGGGAAUAGGACACACACGUUUAAUACACUGUGCGGGCACAUGUCCGUGGUACGGUGACUCAACUGGAGCAUCUCUCCAGAUGGGAGCUGAGCAUGUCAUCUUUAGUCAGGUCAUGCCACUGCACAGGUCCUUGUCCCCACAUGGGAGGAAGUAUUUGCAUCAGAUGUUACUGAUAGCUCAUCACGGGCAGGGGUCAGGGAGGUUGGGGGUAUUAAUUGGGAGUUUAAUUGUAUUAUCAUGCCAGCUGACAUUAUGACUAUAUAAUGUAGUUAGAGGAUUUUUAUCUUGCUUACAGUAAAAGUUUAGCCUGCCAACUGUGAAUCAUUCUAAUUUGGCAGCCUUAUUUUUGACAUUGGAAAGGGCAGAAAACAGUUUGCCCCAAUGGUGUAAUAGGAAUUACAGACCAGAGACUGAAAUUCAAAAGCUGUAAAAAGGAAGUCAAUGGAAGGGGCUUCAGAAUCCCCAUUGAUUUGAGUUGCUGUUUUCAGGAUUACCAAAAAUUACUACAUGUAAUUUUACUUGCUAAACAUGUUAAAAAUCUAACCUGUGUUUUAUAAAGUAUAACAAGCUUCCAUUCAAGAAGCUCUCCUGCCAAUCAUGAAGUGAGAACAGGGAAGUCAUGGCAGGUAUUCAGCUUAACUGUGUUGAACCUUGUAGAGUUGAAGCUGUUGCUCACACCUGAAUUCAGACUGUGUUGUUUGCGUGUUGCCACUGCCUGUUGUUCUGUCCCUGAUAAUGAGUCUACAGGGUUUUCUUCCAGAGGCCAUGGUGACUUACUAAACUUGCAGGUGAAUGUUCAUCUUUGCUGCUUCUGCACAUCCCCCCCGCCCCACACGAUGUGCUGCUCUAGUCCCACACUCACAAACUGGUUUCUAACAGACCCGCCUGGAUACUGCUUCACCAGGGAAGCAAGACGUUACCAGCCACAAGCCAGCAAAAGGGUGUAGUAGACUCUUGCUCUGAUCAGCUGGAUGGAAAUAUUACGGCAUCAUGGAUUUAGCCCACUGCUCUGUUUUAUCUAGCUGAGUCUUUGACCAGCAAUUGGUGCAUAAUUAUUAUAGCAAGAGCAAGAAAUGAAACUAGCAAUUAUGUAAAUGAAUGUGUUGGCCUCCUGAUACCUGUUACUAGUGGACUUCCUGUGAGGAAGUUAGUUUUGUUUUGUUUUAAUGAAAGGCUUUUGUUUUUUUUAAUUUUAAUUCUUUUUCCCACAUGCUCCCACAGUGUGCUUACUUCAUUUGUUUAAUUUAAAUGAACCUCUGUCCUAGUUUGUAUAAGGUGAUCUGGUGGGGUGGGUGGGUGGUUUUUGGUUUUGUUUUUUCUUCCUUAGGGUGUCUAUAGGCCUCAGAGGACCUUACCUUUAGGUCAUUUCUCAGAAAGUCUUCAAUCUUCCUUUGUUUUUGUUUUGUUAUUCUUAAAGAAUAUUUUUAAAGCUUAAAUUUGUAUAUUAAUUUAGGAUUUUAUUUAGAAGUAUAGGCUGUCGGCGGCGGCAGCAGUAUAUUCUGAAAUGUCUCAUAGAUAUAUAUUUUUGAAUAAACAUGGUGUUGUUGAACAA